AUUCGUCAAGAACUUGCACAGGAGUAUGAACAAGUGAAUGAAAUUAAUAAGACAUUGAACAAUUUCAAGAAAGACCCGACCCCAUCCCACUAUGGUGGAGCAGGGAGAUUUGAAGAACCUACCAGAGACCCUGAAGUAUGGCCACCCCCCACACCAGUUGAAAGAGAGAAAAGGUAUAUAGUUUAACCAUCAGCAGACAGCAGUUAUUCAUGUAGAUUGUUGGGGGUGCACCCCUAUACAUAGCACCCCCCCCCCCCCUCAAUUCCCAACCCCCACAUGCAAAAUCUAAACCUAUUCCUUUAGAAAAUCCGAACCUUUCCCCCUGGAAGAUCUGCAUUCCACUUUCCCCUAGCUCACCCCUAGGAAAUCUACACCCCACCUCCCUAUAAAAUAUGCACACACCUACCUGAUAAAUGUUGACUUUCCCCAAAGAACACACAAUACACAUACAAAGCUUUCAACAUUUUUAGAAAUGUGCGGCCAGCUCCGAGGCCAGUAAAAAGAGAGGAACAAGCCGCAGCUAGACCCGCCGCAAGGAAGCCGUCCAAUUCUCGUAGAUCUGAAUCCAAGCAACCAGAACGUGGGCGCGCACCUGCGGCAUCAAAGAACCCGUCGAGGAAUGAGAAAGAUCGAGCUGGAGGGCGUGGGAAGAAGGUACACACAUGUUUAUCACUGAUGCUUGAAUUAUUACAGACUCUUAUCCCAUUUGAAACAGCGGAUUGACAGAUAUUCAACUACCUGAAAAACACAAGACAAAUAAAACUUGAUGUUUCGAGCGAAGGCCUUUCGUCAGGAAGUUAGUAAAUCUCGGGGGGAAGUUUGCUCUGCCUUACUAUGACACUUGUGUUGUUUUACUAAUUUUUGUAGGAUGAAGAGAAGCCAGAAUCAAAAGAGUCUGAAGAUGAAAAGAAAUUUGAUCCAUCAGGCUAUGACAAAGAUCUCGUUGAAGGAUUGGACCGAGAUAUUCUACAGAGAAACCCCAACGUGCAUUGGUAUGAUGUGUAUGCAUUACUACUUCCUUGAGAUCCAGUAUGGCUAUCUUUUGUCCACUGUUACUAAAGGAUGAAACCUAAAUUGAAGCUACUUUUAAUAUUUAUUUUGGAUUGCUAUUUCAAAUGUUGAAUGCACACAUAUAUGAUUUCAUUAUCAGUUUCGUUCAUGUGUGGUAGGCUUAAGACCAUUGUUGGUGCUAAUAAACUGGUAGGCCAUGCUUGGUAGAGUUGCAAUGCUACUCUUCACAUUAAAAUUUUACAAUGUAGGUCUGACAUAGCUGAACUGGAUGAAGCGAAACGGCUGCUAGAAGAGGCAGUUGUCUUGCCAUUGUUGAUGCCUCAGUACUUUACUGGCUUGAGACGACCGUGGAAGGUAGGUGGUCGCUCUGCAUACAUUGACACAAGUCAGUCGUUGACACAAGGUGCUUCGUUUUUGGAGCGAUGCCCACCUGCCUAGCUACAGUAACUAGUCCUUUAUGUUCCCUAUAGGGUGUGUGUAUGGUGGGACCCCCAGGUACAGGCAAGACAAUGUUGGCAAAAGCCGUGGCAACAGAAUGUGGUACGACAUUCUUCAAUGUUUCCUCAUCAACAUUGACAUCAAAAUAUCGAGGAGAGUCGGAGAAACUUGUGAGACUGCUGUUUGAAAUGGUACGAUGUUGUUGUGUACAGUAUGUUUGUGGAAGAGACCAUGACUAUUUACUAUUGCAAAGCUGUAAGGCAGAAACAGCACGCUGCCCUGCCGUCACGUCUGUAAUGAAAUUUUUGUAUCAGUUCUUAUGUACAAGUUCUUAUGUACAAGUUUUUGUGAUUUUUUGUACAGGCAAGGUUCUAUGCUCCGAGUACAGUCUUCAUCGAUGAAAUAGAUUCGAUUUGCAGUCGACGUGGUACGGAAAAUGAACACGAGGCCAGUCGACGAGUCAAGUCAGAACUUCUCGUUCAGAUGGAUGGUAAUAAGUGAUAUAAAUUAGACAUUUAUGAAUUUAACUUUACAAGCAAGUCGUUGAUAUUGACGUUUACGGAAGACCGCAAAGUUCAAAUUGUAUUUUUUUUUUUUUUUUCUUGUCAGGCGUGGAUGGUGCCACCUCUGGAGAUGGCAAACUGGUGAUGGUUCUUGCCGCAACAAACUUUCCUUGGGAUUUAGACGAAGCUUUGCGCAGACGUUUGGAGAAACGAAUAUAUAUUCCUUUGCCAACAGGUUAAGAUUUUAUAUCAUGUGUUGUACGUAUGUAUCCGUGAUAUUAUGCUGUUACUCGUCUGACUGGGGCAGUUCAUAGUAUAGGGGAUUAGCCUUGGUGCUUAUGUGUCUAAUGUUUUUAUCUUUGUGACGGUGUGACCAACAUAUCAUUAUCACAUCAGUCGCAGAAAAGUCCUUCUACAUUUUGACUCUACCAAAGACCGCUCUGGGUACUCGGUUAUUUCCUGUAGUAACAUUGAACAAGGCCUGGUCCUUAACCCUUGCUGGACCUCUAGAUAUAACUGUUUUGGUUGAACAGAUAGAGCUAUCCAGUAUAGAUACAGUUAGUUUGGAUUGUAUAAGUUUAGUUUAAAAGACCAUCAGUGAGGGCUAUAGUUGGCAAGAGAGAAUAGUUCAGAACUGAUAGCAACCUCGUGCCCAGGUCUUAUUUGCGCCCUUGAGCAGAUAUAACUAUCUAGUAUAAACAUUGUGCAUUUGGAAUUCACGUGAAAUGUGUAAACCCAAUGUUUCUCCCUGCAGCCAAGGGAAGAUUGGAACUGCUGAAGAUAUGUCUUCGUGAUGUCGCUCUUGCUGAAAAUGUCGUGUUGGAAGAAGUUGCUGAAAGUAUGGACGGUUAUAGUGGAGCUGAUAUUACUAAUGUUUGCAGGUACAUUGUGUUGGCAGUGAAGCGAUCAUUUCUGAAUUACACCCUAGUUUUCAAGAGCAACUGAAUGACCGAAGUCCCUUCGCCAGGACGUUAUAGUGGCUAACGAAGAAGGAUCUUCACUUGAAAUGUCCAAGUUCUCCUUGUAUAGAGGCAAUUCCAGCUUUUAAUUUAUGCGCAUAAUCAGCAAUAUGAUACCUUACUCCCCCCCCCCCCCCCCCCCCCCCUGCACGCAUAAACUAAAAGCUGGAAUUGCCUAACUAUCUAUACUGGCACAGACUGUUCGAGGUUACCCCUGUUAUCUCAUGUAGGAACACUCGAUCAAUAGAGGAUGGCCCUUGCUGGACAUUUAUAUAUUGGAAGAACAGCUUAGAUCUGAUAGAGCUAUUUAGUAUAAAUCAGUUUAAGUUUGAUUUAGUCGUAUUGUGUAGAUGGGUUGUAACUUUACCCCAUAGGAGUUUUACAGGGUUCGUACAAAACUUGAAAAUCCUUGAAUGUCCUUGAAUUUGAAAACAAAAAUUCAAGGCCUUGAAUAUCCUGGAAUUUGUAAAGAAGUGCUUAAAAGUCCUUGAAUUCUUCUUGCUUUAGUGUAUGGAUAUUUUCUGAAAUUGUUUGACAUUCAAAAACGGACAUUUUGUUGAAAUGAUUUUGAAUGGUCAUAUCGGACAAAGCUGUUUGAAAUUCACUAAAGUUGCGUUUUGACGUGACAUUGUACUGAUUUCUAACGUCUUCCUUUCCGUAUUUAGUCCUUGAAUUUGCUGAUACAAGUCCUUGAAUUUGACUCUCUCUGAUAUGUACGAACCCUGGUUUUAACCUUCCCCUCAGGGAGAAAAUGUGAGGGCGAUGGAAUUCUUCUUCCACAUUGACACACAUGAUUAUUUUUGUGACCAGGGACGCUUCAAUGAUGUCAAUGCGAAGACGUAUUCAGGGUCUUACACCUGAACAAAUCCGUAAUUUACCCAAAGAAGAGGUAGAUCUUCCAGUCAAUAUGGAUGACUUCAAGGAAGCUCUAAAGAAAGUCUCUAAAUCAGUCUCGGAAGCCGAUAUCAAGAAAUACGCCGAUUGGAUGGACGAAUUUGGAUCUAACUAGUAGUAACAUAUUACAUUUGGUGCGGUUAAUUUAGUAAGCGUUAUUACGGGGCAGCAAAUGGCAUUCAACUUCAUGAAAGCCGGAAAAUUAAAGUUUUGUUUUUUGCCACCAAAUACAACAGUAGUGUGAACUAUGCUAUUAAUAUAUUGAAU